AAUGCCGACGCCAGCUCCCCGAACGAUAAAGGGGUGGUAGAGGAGGAGCGGGAGGAGAAAGAGGCUAAGGACAACGGUGCACUGGCCGAUCUAGAGGAUGCCCCGAAGAUGGGACAGCUGGAGAAAAUGGUGCAGGAUUGUCUGGACAGUAUCGUUAAGGUGAGUGAAUGUUGCUUUCUUCUGGGUUGGAAGCAACUGUGUGUUAUGUUUAUGUAUGUACGACCGUUUGAUUAUUGCGAACGCUGA